AUGGCCUCGCAAGUGCCACCCCGGCUCCUGGCAUGCUGGGUGAUCUUGCUGGCUGUGCUGCUUCGCGUGAUCCUGGGCCUUCACUCUUAUUCUGGUGCGGGUGUCCCACCCAAGUAUGGGGACUACGAGGCCCAGAGGCAUUGGAUGGAGAUCACCAUCAACCUUCCACUGAGCCAAUGGUACACGAAUUCCACACAGAAUGACCUUGCAUACUGGGGUCUGGACUACCCUCCCCUCUCUGCCUACCAGAGCUGGGUGCAUGGCAAAGUGCUGCAGCGGUGGGUGCCCGAAGCCGUGGCCCUGGGGUCCUCGCGCGGCAUCGAGACCCCCCGGAGCAAGCUGGCGCUGCGUCAGACGGUGCUCGCCUCGGACCUGGCCGUCUACUUCCCGGCUGCCGCCUUCCUGGCCCUGACCCUGCACGGCGCCAGACUGUCGCGGCAGGCCAUCACCACGCUGGCCCAGCUGCUGCUUGGCCCAGGCCUCAUCCUGAUCGACCACGGGCACUUCCAGUUCAACUGCAUCAAUCUGGGCCUGACGCUGGCGGCUGUGGCAUGCACGCUGCGAGGCAGCCUCCUUGCCGGAGCCGCCCUAUUCUGUGCCGCACUGAACCACAAGCAGAUGAUCCUGUACUUUGCCCCCGCCUUCUUCAGCCACAUGCUGGGCACCUGCCUGCAGCAGAGAUCCGCCUGGGGCAAGCUGUUCCUGCUGGCGUCCAUCGGCGGCGUCGUGCUGGCCUCCUUUGGCAUCGUGUGGGUCCCCUUCCUCGCAACCCCAGGGGGCCCCCUCCCCGUCCUGCGCCGCAUCUUCCCCACCGCGCGCGGCCUGUUCGAGGACUACGUGGCCAACCUGUGGUGUGCAAGCUCGCUGGCGAUCAAGUGGCGCCGCCUGCUGGCCCCGUCCCAGCUGCUGCGCCUCUGCGCGGCCGGCACGCUGGCCGCCGUCCUCCCCGCGAUGGCCUGCCAGCUGCGCCGGCCCACGCGCCGCGCCUUCUUGCUGGGCCUGGCCAACUCCUCCUUGGCCUUCUUCCUGCUGGCCUACCAGGUGCACGAGAAGUCGGUGCUGCUGCCCCUGGCCGCGCUGGGCACACUGGGCGGGCCCACCGCAGAGCUGGCGCAGUAUGUUGGGGUGUACUCCAUGCUGCCCCUGCUGCGCAAGGACGGCCUGGCCACCGCGGCCGCGGCCGUCGCCGUCGCGUACGCCGCCGUGCUGGGCACGCUGCGCCCCGCCUUGCCCCCGGCCUGGCGCGCGGCGCGGGCGGUCUUCCUGGCGGGGGCAGCCGCCAUCACGGUCGGCUUCUGGGCGGUGCCGCCGCCGCCGAGGUACCCUUUCCUGGAGGACGCCGCCUGCAUGGCGUGGUGCUGCACCGCCCUGGUCUGCCUCUUCGGCUACACCAACGUACUACAGGUACAGGAGUGCUGGGGGCCAGGGGCGGCGCGGCGCGGCCGCCACGGCAAAAGAAAGGGCGCGUAG